UGCAAGGUCAGCUCGCGUCCAUUCAUCAUGUACUACUUGAUCCUGUUGUUCCUGUUGUGCUUUGCCACCCCGGUCCUGAUCACCACGUCCUUGAAUGUUUUCAUCCAAGCCGCCGUCGUCAAUACCACCUAUGAAGUGAUAGCACACCAUCAAUGGCUGACUUUAGCCGCGUGCGUUUUGAUGUGGGGACCGAGUCUGAUGGAACGCUUAUUAGACAAAUGGAACAUCAUUGACACGCCAUUGGUGGUAUCGGUGUUUCUCUUCUUAUUGGGACACACUCACAAUCUUUUGCGAAGUGUACUUCAUGCCGUGUUUGCCCAGCAAAUCCACAGCAUCACCUGGCAAGGCGAUCAAUUGGACUUGCGUGGAAAUCGAGUAUCGUUCAAAUGGCGCCACGGCAAAGAUAACCGAGUCAAACCUGACCAGGACCGACAAAAGAAACGUGGGAAAUUAUCCGUUGAAGAAGAGAGGACCCUCGAUCCUCCAGUGCGGAUGACAACGGAAUAGAAAUCAUGGAUACGAGUACUACCCGAGUUUGAACCGCUUCUCCGUUCCCUGUUUGUUUCCCAUGUUAAUGUGUGUAAUUAAUGCCUUUCUCUCUACAUGACCUUGUGAUCGAGUGGGGUUUAAUUUCUUUAUCCAAAAUGUCGUCCUUGGCCUUUUUACUGAAUUUGGCAAACAAAAUACAUGGCCAGAUGUGGCGGACACAAGACUUAGAGAAAUACUACGAUGAGUCAAGCUAACUUGGCCAAUUAAAUGUUCCUGCUGUUCCUGCGAUUCUCUUUGAAUGGUAACGAUGUAUAAGUGGCAUUAUUGAAAUAAAAAUUGAUUUUAAU